AUGACUAUCAUGUUAAGAUCUAUUAACUCUAACUCUCUAGGAAAGAUAAAUCUUAGUAUCAUCAGGAGGUUUUCUAAUUCCGUUAAUAUAUAUAAUAAGUCAAAAUCGAAUAACGAAUUUCAAUCUGAGAGUGAUCUUUAUUUUGGAAAAUUUACCAAGGAAGAAUACGAUAAUGCAGCUAAUCAGGUUAAAAACCAAAUAAACCGUUUGGAAAAGGAAAUAAAAGGUGAUGUCAAUAUUCGUCAAAAUAUAGGUACAAUGCCAACUCUUCCAGCGAUGGCUAAUAGUGCAAAGAAAAUUAGAAUUGAUGACUUAACAAACCUCUUGUCUGAAACUAUCAAGACUACGGGUCCAAUAUCUUUACUGGCCUUUAUGCGACAAUGCUUAACACAUCCUCAAUUUGGUUACUAUACUACUCGUGACCCGUUGAAUGCUUCAAGUGGAGACUUCAUUACAUCACCGGAAAUUUCUUCCAUGUUCGGGGAAAUGAUAGGUAUAUGGUUGUUCAGUACUUGGUUAAAUCAAAAUAAACCACAAAAGUUGAAUAUUAUAGAAUUUGGUCCUGGAAGAGGGACUCUUAUGUACGAUUGCUUGAAAUCAUUCAAUAAAUUCAAGAAGAAUUUAAUUCAAGAAGAAAAUAUCGAGAUCACCAUGAUAGAAGCUUCCUCCAUUUUGAGAAAAGAGCAGUGGAAGUUAUUGUGUGGAAGCAAUGAAUUUAUCACCAAUAGUGAUGGAUUCAAUAUUUCACGGACUCAAUGGGGCAAUAGAAUAAAAUGGGUUGAUAAUGAAACAGAUAUCACCAAAGAUGAGAACGUUGCAAAUUAUAUCAUAGCCCAUGAAUUCUUUGAUGCUUUACCUAUUAAAAGUUUCCAAAAAACGAAGCAUGGAUGGAGAGAACUUGUGGUUGAGCAUACACCGAGUGUUGAUAAUACUCAACUUUCAUUGCCUGAAGAUGCUUCUUCAAAGUCCACCACAGAGAAUAACGAUCUAUUGAACACGGAAUUUCAUUUAACAUUGUCUCCAAAGGAAACCAGUUCUUCAGUUAUCCCAGACUUAAAUCCAAGGUUCAAACAUUUACCUAUAGACUCAAGAAUUGAAAUUUGUUCAGAUGCUGAAUUAUAUGUUUUGAAGAUGGCUCAACUCUUGAAUAAUGAAAAGGCAAUGGGUUCGGUAUUAAUAAUUGAUUAUGGAAUAAGUGAAGGGAUUCCUGAUAAUACAUUAAGAGGUAUUUAUAAGCACAAGUUUGUUUCACCAUUUAUAAAUCCUGGGGAAGUCGAUUUAUCGGUAGAUGUCGAUUUCACCAACCUUAAGAAUAUAACCGAAAAAAUAUGCAAGAGUUUUGGACCUGUCGAACAAGGUGAUUGGCUACAUGAAUUGGGUAUCGGUUAUAGAACUGAUCAAUUAAUCAAAGCAAACAAUGGAAAUGUGAAUGCUCAAGAGAAGAUCUAUAAUGCUUAUCAAAGAUUAACUGGUAAAGAUGAGAGAAGUAUGGGGAAAGUCUAUAAAUUUCUCUGUUUAACACCUCAUGAAUCGAAAUCACCUGUUGGGUUUGGAGGAUCAUUAUAA